AUGACCGUUGUUUCUUGUUUACAAGAGUGUCACGAAUUGGGCGUCCCCAUAGACCGCGAUCUGUACAAUUCUCUCUGGAUGACGCUCGUUGCGGGACGACAUUUGGCCGUCGCGAGUCCUGAGCCGUCCAAAACUGCCGAGGUGAUCGGCUACAUCUGCAAUCUCUGGGGAUUCAAGGAGCGAACAAGAAUAGUACAUUUGAGAGCCGGCAUGUCGUUUGAAGUCGUCGCCCCACUUCUGCACAGCCAGCUGGCAGUGGUGGUGUUUGUCAGCCUGGAAUUCACCGAUAGCAAGUUCCAGCAGGAGCUGGCGUCUUUCAUGAACUCAUCCAGCGGCGCGCAGUUUAGCAUGGUUUCUGUGAUGGCCAACCAAAAUAGCAUGGAGGUCAGUCUGAGACAGAGUCUGGAAAAGUUCAUCUGGCUGCGUGAAGUGCACCGGGGCGAAGUUCCAGAAACAGCAAGCAACCUACAUAUACGACAUCGUCGUGUUCACACGCAUGCACCGAAUGGUGGUCGCCGGACUGCCGACCCAGACAUGGAAAGAUAUGGAAUUAUUUGUUCAGAUCUACGCAGCUAUCCACGACAUGGACUAUGUGACGCCGGCAAUGGUCAAACUGGCCGCGGCGAAGGUGAUCCCGUUGCACAUCCGGAUGGUGAGCAAGCCAGAAAUGGAGCCGUCCGUUCUCUACGGCAGCGAUCCCAAGCUCGUCCAGCAGCUGAUCAACGUAUGGGACGCAGACCUGGUCGUUGA